AUGCUAAAUUCGUCACUCCGCAGACUUCUUGAUAAAUCGGAGCUCGCGACAGAAUAUCGCGAAUUCAUGUCUGAUUAUCAGCGGCUGGGGCAUAUGCGGCCCGCGCCGAUCGCUCAAACUCACAUCAACCAACAGGUCUAUCUCCCGCAUCAUGGAGUGAUCCGGGAAAGUAGCUCCACUACGCGUCUUCGCGUUGUUUUUAACGCAUCGAGCGUUACUUCUAACGGCACAUCGUUAAAUGAUCAUUUAAACGCCGGGCCGAAAUUACAAACCGAUCUCAUGUCGGUCAUCCUACAAUGGCGUAGAUACAAAUACGUCUAUUCAUCCGAUAUCGCGAAAAUGUAUCGCCAGAUUCACAUCGAUGCGCGGGAUAUAGAUUAUCAACGGAUCUUGUGGAAGUCGUCGCUAUCGGAACCGCUCAUCGAUUAUCAACUUCUAACGGUGACGUAUGGAAUGGCCUGUGCGCCAUUUCUUGCCCUUCGGGUAUUAAAACAAUUAGUACGAGAUGAAGGUCAGCAUUUUCCGCUCGCGGUGUCUAUCCUGAGCGAUAAUAUUUAUGUCGACGAUCUACUUUUCGGAGCUGACGAUACAACUCAGAUCCGACUAGCGCGCGAUCAACUAAAUUCGAUAUUAUACCGCGGCGGAUUCUUAUUACGGAAAUGGGCAAGCAAUUCGCCCUCUCUCCUCGAGGAUAUUGACAUAGCGGAUCACGGUUUAGCUACGAAAAAACCUCUUGCUGAGGACGAACAAAUUAAAAUCCUCGGAAUCGGGUGGAAUCCGGCAAACGAUAUUUUCGAGUUUCGCAUGUCGCUGGCUGAUAACGCCCCGGAAACAAAACGUACGAUCUUGUCCGGGAUCGCCAGACUCUACGAUCCGCUCGGAUGGGUCACUCCGGUUACGAUUACCGCGAAAAUCUUCAUGCAACAACUUCCGCUGGACGAGGGAUUACGUCGCGUAAAGCAUACAUCGCGCUCUUUAUCUGCCUUGCGACAAAGGCAAUACAUUUGGAGUUAG